CCCGGAACUUCGGCGCCUCGGCCGCUGUUUCCGGGAGAGCUGACAGGAAGUGAGAACGGACCGGAAGUGGGUCUGUGCGGACCUCCUGCAGCCGCGGCCCCGGGAAUGGCCCUGGAGGGGCUGUCAGCGUACGUGUAUAAGGCGGCCGCGGAGGGCCGGGUGCUGACCCUGGCCGCCCUCCUCCUCAACCGGACCGAGUCCGAGAUCCGAUCCCUCCUCGGCUCCGUCACCCAGCAUGGCGGGCAGAGAUCCACGCCGCUCAUCAUCGCCGCCCGCAACGGCCACAGCAAGGUGGUCCGACUACUGCUGGAGCAUUACCGGGUGGACACCCAGCAGACCGGCACCGUGCGCUUCGACGGUUACGUCAUCGAUGGAGCGACGGCCCUCUGGUGUGCGGCGGGGGCAGGGCACUACGAAGUUGUGAAGCUCUUAGUCGGCCACGGAGCGAAUGUCAACCAUACGACGGUAACGAACUCCACCCCGCUCCGGGCCGCCUGUUUUGACGGAAGACUAGACAUUGUCCGGUUCCUGGUGGAAAACCACGCAAACAUUAGUAUUGCCAACAAAUACGACAACACGUGCCUAAUGAUCGCUGCUUACAAGGGCCACACGGACGUAGUCCGCUACCUUCUGGAGCAGAACGCCGACCCCAACGCCAGGGCUCAUUGCGGGGCCACGGCUUUGCACUUUGCCGCCGAAGCCGGCCACUUGGACAUCGUGCGGGAGCUGGUGAAGUGCAAGGCGGCCAUGGUGGUCAACGGACACGGGAUGACGCCUUUAAAGGUGGCGGCGGAAAGCUGUAAGGCCGAAGUGGUGGAGCUGCUGCUUGCCCAUUCUGAUUGUGAUCUCCGAAGCCGAGUGGAGGCCCUGGAGCUGCUGGGGGCCUCCUUUGCCAACGACCGCGAGAACUAUAAUAUCACUAAGACUUAUCAGUACCUGUACCUGGCCAUGCUGGAACGUUUCCGAGAUCCCGACAACAUCCUCCACAAGCAGGUGCUUCCUCCCAUUCCGGCCUACGGCAUGAGAACUGAAUGUCGCACCCCGCGGGAGUUGGACGGCAUACGCCACGACACCGACGCGUUGCACAUGGAAGGGCUUAUUGUACGCGAGCGGAUACUCGGCUCGGAUAACAUCGACGUGUCUCACCCGAUCAUCUACCGCGGUGCCGUGUAUGCCGAUAACAUGGAAUUCGGGCAUUGCAUCAAGCUCUGGCUGCACGCGCUACAGCUGCGUCAGAAAGGAAACCGCAACACGCAUAAGGACUUGCUGAGGUUCGCUCAGGUCUUUUCUCAGAUGAUCCACCUGAACGAGGCGGUGAAGGCGCACGACGUGGAGAGCGUGCUGAGUUGCAGCGUCCUGGAGAUCGAACGCGGGAUAACUCGGAUCCAGAACCCGCAAGAGCCCGACGCCCACUCCGCACUGGAAAACCACGAAUGCAACCUUUGCACUUUCCUCUACCUCGUCUGCAUCUCCACCAAGACUCAGCGCGGCGAAGAGGAGCAAUCCCGCAUCAACAAGCAGAUCUACCGGCUGGCGCACCUCGACCCCCGCACCCGGGAAGGAAACAGCCUCCUCCACCUAGCCGUGGACUGCAGCACGCCCGUGGACGAUUUUCACACCAACGACGUUUGCAGCUUCCCCAGCGCCGCCGUGGCCAAGCUGCUCAUCGACUGCGGCGCCAACGUCAACGCCACGGACAACGCGGGGAACACCCCGCUGCAUCUGAUCGUACAGUACAACCGUCCCAUCAGCGACUUUCUCACGUUGCAUUCGAUCAUUAUCGGCUUGGCGGAGGCCGGUGCUCACACGGACAUGACCAAUAAGGAGAAGAAGACCCCCCUGGACAGGAGCACUACAGGCGUGGCCGAGAUCCUACUAAAGACGCAGAUGAAGCUCAGCCUGAAGUGCCUGGCCGCUCGAGCCGUGCGAUUGCAUAAAAUUAAAUACCGGAAUCAGAUUCCAAGAACACUCGAGGAGUUUGUGGAGUUUCAUUAGGUGUUUCGCGUGGAGGAGGGCCACGUUUUUUAUGUGCAUGUUGUUCUCUCCUAGGGAUGGAUGUAGUCCAUUACUAAAAUGUCAGCAGCAGAGCAAUUUGGGGGGGGGGGGCCAACCCAACAUGAAGUCCCCUUUUCCUCCAAUGUACUGUCUUCCUGUGCUGUACGCAGGACUCUAAUGCAGAUUCAUAUGGAACAAUCUACGCUACGGCAGGAAGCUGCUGUACGUGAAAUAAGGUGCUGAAUUUGUGCGGUGAUCCCGUGGGGGUGGGGUUUACAAUCCAACUGUCAAUUUAAUUUUUUUUUUUUUUUUUUUAAAUGAAGCUUUUUGCAAUUUUUAAGUUGAAUAUUUUUUUUUUGGCAUAAUUUUCAUAUUAUUAUUAGAUUAUAUAUGUUCCAGCUUGAAGAAAUCAGAAUUCCUUUAUGGUGGUGUGGUGUGGAGUGGGGUUGGGGGGGAGGUCAUGAAAGUUCUUAAGUCAAGGGUCUCAAACUGGAGGCCCACCAG